AUGAGCAAUGCGAUCUGGGUCGCAUGGCGGAUUCCAUGCUCAGGGCUCCGGCUCUCGAGUGUGCUGCCCCCAGUGACAUUCCGCCCUGUCUGUCGCGAUCUCCGCAUCGCACCGUCUCUAUACAACAGCACAUCCCGACGCCAAUUUAGCUCGCUGAACACUUUAUGCCAGACGAACUCCCGGCCGAAUACUCUCUACUCCUAUCCCCGGUACCCCGCGACUACUCAUCAUCAGAGAAGAUCCAAGAAGACUGCUGCUCCCGCCCAUUCCGAACCAUCCUCCGACUCUCUCCUCGAUAAGCCCCUCUCUGAUCUCGAGAUCAGAGCCAUCUUUGGCCACCGCACGAGGGUAUCACCAAAGUUGGCUAAUAGAACACUGGAAGUUCUGCAAGCUCGCCGGCUAGAGGGAACGCUCGAUUUGGACCUUCCGCUCGAUAUCGCUCGCGCCGUACCCCAGUCUCAGCUCGAUAUUUGCCUGGAAUGGCUGCGUGUGAAUUACCCAGUCGACGAAGAUGCCGCUAUCAUGGCUCGUAUUAAGCGGGAGGAACGUGAGGCUGAGGAGAAGCUCGUGCGUCGUGCAGAAGAGCUUGGUCUGUAUAAGCCGCAGAGCGGAUCCUAUGAAGCUGAGCUUGGCGAGGAAGAUUCGCCGUACGGGAAGAGUGUUCUCAAAGAAGCUCGUGAGCAGAACGAAAGGUACUUGCUUGCUGAGAAGGAGCGAAAGCGUCAGAAGUGGCUCGAGGGUGAGAAAGAGGAGCAGGAGAAGCUGCAGCGCCUGAUGGAAGAAAAUACCUCGUUGCAACAGUACCAGGAGUCGGCGCUCACCGAGGCUCGCCCCCGCGCGGAUCCUAACGAGCGUCCGUACCUUGCUUGGGUCCAGAAGCAUCAUAUUGCUGGGACUCUGAACCAGCCUGAAGCCAUGGAAGUUACAACCACCCAACGGCUUGUGGCGCCUGCGCUAUUUGUCCUCCUCACCCUCGGCCUAUGCUAUUACCUCGCCACGACCUACGAGCCUCCCUCAAGAAAGGACCGUCUUUGGCCCGAUAUCCCCCCGGCCGCUGCGACAGUCGGAGCCAUCAUCGGUGCCAACGUGGCAGUGACCCUGAUGUGGAAAUACAUCCCGCCCUCGUGGAGAUUGCUCAAUCGCUUCUUCGUUAUCGUUCCGUUCUACCCCAGUGCGCCGAGUAUGAUUGGCAGCACUUUCAGUCACCAGACUUGGAGACAUUUGGCGACUAACAUGAUGGUUCUGGGUCUUAUGGGAACUAGAGUCCAUGAUGAACUCGGUCGUGGUAACUUCUUGGCCAUCUAUUUCGCUUCGGGAGCUCUCGGCUCUUUAGCCUCAUUGUCAAGAAGUGUGCUACUGGGCUACCUCGGUAUGACCUCGCUUGGUGCUAGUGCUGCAACGAGUGGUAUCGUUGCAGCUUGGUGCAUGUACCACGCCAAUGACAAAAUUACCCUGUGGAUCCUGCCCCACGACUUAAGAGAAACUCUCUGGACGCAGGGCUGGAUCUUCCUCUCUUGCCUAGUCGCAACCGAAGUGUUCAGCAUGGUAACACCGGCCCGCUUCCUCAGCGUCUUCCCCUUGUCCCGACUCACCAAGAUGGAUCACGCUGCCCAUCUGGGUGGUUACUUUGCUGGUGCUGGAUGUGGCUAUGCCUUGGCUCACAGGAGAAAGGCCGAGCGGAUUCAGAGAGCCCGUGACGCGAAGUGGUUCGAGAACCUGGUUCGGUAA